CGCUGCAGAGUCCUCCCCGCCCUGCCCAGACUCACACGCUUUGGGGCGGAGACCAUAUGGGCGGGACUAGAGCCGGUGCAGGUGGACACCAACAGACUGGAGUAUCUGUUUGAGAGCAAAAGGGGCGGGGCCAGCUUCAGUGUCACUUGUGCACAGAAGAAGCAGCCGUGCGUGUGCGUUCUGGGGGUGAAACGUUCAAACAUCGUGACCAUCGCUCUGAGCAGUCUGCCCCCUCCUCGCCUCCUGCCGCCCGCCAUCUACAGCAUGGACAACAGCGUACUGGACCGCGAGGACUUACAGCGUCUCCAGAGCAUUGUGCCCACAGAGGAGGAGAUGUGUCUGAUAAAAGAGGCCCAGGCCCGGACCCCCCUGUGCCCCUUGGCUCCGGCUGAGCAGUGCCUCCUCACCCUGGGGGAGCUGCCUCACCUCAACACCAGGCUCCAGCUCUGGGCCUUUGCUCUCGACUACGACUCCAUGGAGAGAGAAAUCGCAGAGCCUCUUUUUCACCUGAAACUGGCCAUGGAGCAGCUGUCGGGCAGCGCCACCUUCAGAUGCCUGGCCACUGUCUUGGCCAUCGGGAAUUUCCUCAACGGAUGCAAAGCACGAGGCUUUGAACUGAGUUACUUGGGGAAACUGUCUCAGGUCAGAGACACUCACUCCCGACAGCCGCUCCUCCAUCACGUCUGCUCCCUCCUCACCCAGAUUUACCCACAAUCCUCGGACUUCUUCUCUGACAUCACCUCAGUAACCAGAGCAGGAAAGUGUGAUUACUCGCUGGUCCAGUCCAACCUCACUCAGCUGGAGGCUCUGUGCAAAGCCUCAUGGGAGCAGCUGAAGGUGCUGGACAAGGCCGAUGAGAAGAGGAGGAAAGAGGGGAGAGGAGAGAGGAGGAGGAGCCAUGAAGAGCAUUCCACAGAUGGAGCGAUGCGACGAAGACUGCCCAAGUUUCUUAAAGAGUGUGAGGAGAGGCUGAAGGUUCUGAGAGCUGUGCACCGCAGGGUCAUCAACAGGUUUCACUCGUUCCUGUUGUUUUUGGGCUACUCUCGAUCUAUGGUCCGGGACACGAGAGCAGAGGAUUUCUGCAAAACUAUCAGUGACUUCUCACUGGAGUACAGAGCCACACGUCAGACCAUCCUCCAGCAGAGAGAGAAGGAGAGGGAGAGAGAGAGGGAGAGACAGAGGGAAAGAGAGGGGGAGAAAGAGAGAGGGAGAGAGGGGAGGGAAGAAAUCAGCUCACGGAACAGCAGUGCAAAGAGGGAGAGGAGGAACCGAUUUCUAUCAAACACACAGGACUGUGAGGAGCAGUGUAAACUGGAGGAGAUCCUAAAAACUGCAGAAUCUUUGUACCGUCUGGACGUGACUCUGCCCCGAAACAGACGCCGGAAAAAUGAUGGACAAGGUCCAUUCUCAGGAAAAUUCAAGUGGUGAAAAAAACACUGACUGACUGUUAUGUUAUAUUUAUUACACAUAAAUGUUUAUUUCAUUUCAUUUUUUAUUAUUUUAGUAUAAAUUACAAUGCACAAAUUCAACAUGAAGAAAUCAAAUGCAAAUUUUAAUAUUAUUUGUCUUCAGAAUUACAUUUUCUUUUGCAAUAAACAUUUA